AUGCUUGCAAUUCCAUCGCUCGUCGAUCUUGCUGUUGAACAAGUGGCACUGAAUAUUCACAAAGGUUAGUUUUGGGCACAUCUUUUUGAUAGUUUGCUCUUUUUGCUCGGCUAAAAUUAAAUAUUCACGAAUUUUGGCCGUGCCAAUGUCAAAACAAUGAAGCCUAGGGGUUUUUCUGAACUUUGACAACUCUCCCAUUCAUAAUCACUUGUGACAAUUUGCGGAAAAGUGUACACAUCUCUGCGCCUCCUAAAAACAAUGGGUUUUCAGGCCCGUACGACAUUGGCACUCCGAUUCCGGCGGGCAACAAAGUGUUCGCGCGGGUAAUGACAAACUGGCUCUCAAUGAGCAAUAAAAGUGUGGUGAUGGAACGGCUGACAAAAUUGCAAAUCACCGAGGCGGACUUUGGAGAUCGGCGCAUUGAGAACGGAGAUUAUGAGAUGAUGCGCUCGUUCACGCUCAAUUCGUUGAUCAUCGGAAACGAAGACGGCUUCAGUAUUGGCUACAGGGGCUAUGCAGAAGGGGAUGGUGAGUCGUUUGAAGAAUCACUGAAAUUGUGUCUUUUUCAGAUGAUAUUCACGGCUUUCUUCGGACCAUGACAAGUGUCGAAACGCGUCACAGCCUGACCCAUCUGGACAUUACACAGGCAUGCCAUGAACGAUUCGUCCGUGCCAAUUGGAUCGAAAGCGUCGGACUGCUCUUCCCCAACCUCCAACGUCUCGAUACGAGGGCGUUUGCGAACUCUAGCAUCAAAAAAGUGGCGGACGCGUGUCCAAAACUCAAAUAUCUGAGCUGGAAAUACGGCGAGGGGGGUGUGGAUACAAUCGAAGGCAUUUCGUGCCUUCAAAAUCUCGAGGCGCUCAUUCUAGAGUUCGAGUUUGGGGCGCCAGGCAUUGCCGAACUCUUCACGCUCAAAAAAUUAGAGUUUCUGUGCAUUUGUCUGAGGUAUGAUGUACUCUCAUUUAUCACAAAGUUAACGCGAUUCUUUCAGCUAUCGGCAUUCUGGCGAACGUUCACUAAUCCGCCAAUUCUGUGAUUGUCUCGAUUGGGGUCUGACACUGCCCGAGCUCAAAUAUUUGGACUUGUGCGAGGACGAUGUCGUUGUGCCGUACACGGAGAUUGUGCAGAGACUGCCGAAACUCGAACACUUUUCGCAUAUCGGUUAGUGACGGUGUAGCAGGAAAGUGUAACAACUAUUCGCGCUAAUAUGUUACAGGUGGCCGCGCAUGUCGUCCGAGACGUUUCCCAUCGUAUAACGUCAGAACAGUGCAGAACACGAUCACCGCCAUCGAGCAUUAUAUGCUUAUGAAAAGUGACCGCCUCGUUUCAACAGCGUUCGCGUUGAAUCCGAUGAAUAGCAGGGUGCGCGGAGAGCCCAAGUGUACCGGCUACGAACUUUGGAGCUUCUACAGACUCGUUGUGAAGGCGUUGAGCAGAAAAGCGAUUUGUGAAUAUGACAUUGACGACAUUUUCGACAACUUGCCCAAACUGUGAGUUUGAGGUCUCAUUCUAUCUAUAUAUGUAACGACGAUUGAUUUUGCAGUGUGAAACGAAUGAUUUCAAGCAAAGAUUUCAAAAGAUCCGACGUAUCGAAUGUGAUUGAUUAUCUCGUGCGUUACACCCAAAAGCAAUACGAACUACCGAGACCAUUUGUGGGACGCUUCCUUCGACCCCUCAUGCACACACUUUUGUUGGACGGACUUUGCGACUAUCUGCAUUACGGAUGUCAUUUCGAGGUCGUCCGCACCCUACUGCUCUGCCAGACUGAAACCCCUAUUGUGACAGAGGCGUCCGCGUGUCUUUUAAAAUAUUGUCCACGCGCUGAUCUCUCGCGAUUGACGGGCAACGAGACGGCGGACGGGUGCAAGUACGUGAGCGAACUGAUGCGCAAUCGAAUGUCGGCGGCCACCGAACAAGCACUCGGCGACGUCCUUCAAUUCCUCAAAAUCAUCUCGUCACUGUCGCGAUUGCAUUCGUUUGAGGAGCCGCUUGAAAUUAUGGUUGACCUAGAUCAAUCGAUGAAAAUGGCCGAGUUCAUGCUGUACAUGUUGAACACUGUCCAACUAAUUGCGCGUAUUCAUCAAGAGGAAAUGACGUUCGAGAUUUUGUGGAUUUUGAAGCGAUUGGUGUUGAAACAGGAGAACUCGCCAGUGUUUUACACGCAACCCGCGUUGGACACCUUUGCGUGAGUACCGUGUUCGAUCGAGUUCAAUAGAGUCUCUAAUUUCAGCCGCAUCGCAGGACAAACGUUGGAGGAGCGCGAGAGUGCGCAAAAGACCGUCUACGCGGCCAACUCGAUACUCGCCUCGAUCCUCCUCACGCCACUCCGAAUCCCCGGAAGUCUGACGGCCGCCGACAAACUCAAUCGCACGCUCGUCGCCUUCUUCGAAUGGCUCUCAAAGCAGAAACGUGUGAGACUGGAGGCGGAUGGCCGGCUGACGUGGAGCCGAAGAAAGGAGGAGAUGGAAGUUGCGCACUACAUGGGCACUAUCGCCGAUCAUUUGUACGCGAUGCGAACAGAGGUUCGCGAGACGCCUGACGAGGCGCGGAGCAACAUUUCACAGUACGGCCUUGCGGAUAUCAUUGAAAAGUUGUCGAGUGGAGUGUGGAAAGGCGAGCCCGUUGAAGAGUUCAUUCGGGAAAUGGCCACGGAGAUUCGGAGAGCGACGUCGAGGAAGCGGAAAGCCGAAGAGGGCAUAGACUUUUAGGUUUUCCGUUUCGUUUCUCGUGUACAACUCAUAUGGUGCUUUAAUGACUGAAACACGUGGCCUAGGAUAUUUCUAGGCCACAACACAUUGAUUUUAAUAAAUUGAUCUUCUUAUUCCUUUUGGAUCCUUCUAACCCACUUUGCCUAUCUUUUUGUCGACAAAACUUUAUCGAAAUACAAAAUUACGCGCUUGACCGUUUUCGAUAAAUUUAUCGAUAAAUUUUCAGCAAAAACAUUGCACAUAUCAUGAAAGCGGAUCGUUUUUGUGCGGAACCGUCACUUUGCCCGAAUUGUUCGGAUUUGGACGCUUUUUGUGAGUCAUACGGUUUAGAAGUUGCAAAAUUUUACGUGGCCUUGUUCUAAUUGUCCAGAAUCGAGAAGAGUUUUGGGGCAGGCAAACAAGUUAUUUUCGGAAUAAAACAGAAAUCGACGAAGACGAGAAUGUCAUCGGAAGAGCUCGACAUUAGCAGUGCUCUCGGACAUCGAGCACAGAACAGGAGCUCGAACUCGGCGGAGGAGGAGGAUUUCAGGUGACUGAUUAACAGCCUAACUAGAUUAAUAACCCGAGAUUUCAGUCCGGAACGUGCUCCGCCGAAGGUAUUCGGAAAGAUCGGAACGCCGAUGCCCGCACGGGUGCAAAUCGACGACGCAGACGAGUGGGACGAGUGGAAGAAGCGGGAGUUGGCGAAGCGCGAGUGGAAGAGGUACCUGCGCUCGAAGUGGAUGCUCGAGAAGGACGAGCUGCCGAGAAAGUCGGACACGCAUCACGUGCCCGACCGCCGCCAGCACUACGCCAUCGUGCAGAACGCACAGAAAGAGGGUAGAGUAAUCGGAGAGAAGUACACUCGCUGAUUGAUUGGUGGAUUUCAGUGGCCGAGGGUCUUGAUGCGAUAAACGAGCUGAACUUCAACGUGGGCAAAGACGCGGCGAUCAACAUUCAAUGUAACGGCAAGGAGAUUCCGAAGAAGCAGUCGAAACGAUUCGCGGCGGCGGUCGAGCAGGCGCUCCGGCAGAUGGGCAAUCCGACGAUGCACGAGCUGAUGGAGGAGGACGAGGCGGAGGCCGAGUGGGCGGCGCGCUUCAAGAAGGAGCACGCGGGAGUCGCGCGGCUGCAGGAGCACAUCAGAGACUUCGAGCGGGAGCAUCGGUUCGACCCGUGGGAGGAGUACUGUGUGUACAUGGAGGACAAGGGCAAGCCGGAGAAGAUCGACGAGAAGCACUUCAAGAAGUGGCUCGAGAAGAAGGUGGACGCGAACGUCGUCAGUCCCUUCUACAACGACUACCAGCUCGAGUUGGUGCGGCUCGACAAGGACGGACUUAAAGAGAAGCCCCUGCGCAACGUCGUCAAGGGCGUUCGCGACUUCUACCGUAAUCUCCGUCGCAAAUAA